CUUAAAAUGAUAGGGAAUUGUGAAAAGUUGGGAGAUGGCAUUUAGAUAUCCAUUCAUCAGAAAGAUUACGGCAUUAAUGGAGAAGUAUGUUGGAAGGCCAAGCAUGGAAAGAAAUGCUGGGGUCUUUGUUGUUGAUUUGGAGGGCAAACCGGUAGCUCACUACUAUGAUUCUGAAUUGUCUUUGAUAUCGAGUGGGAUCAAGAUUCAGAAUCAUCUCUACUGCGGCUCUGUCAAGUACUCGUUUAUCAUUCGCCUCAAUCUGGAUCGCUAUGCUGCUACUCAUCAUUCCUCUCGCAAGCAAAAGAACUGCAGCAGUGGCAGCAAAUGGAAAGAAGUGAUGACUGCACAGUAGUAGCAAAGUGACAACAGCAUAGAGCUGCACAUGGGCUACAAGAAAUGAGAGCAAAUUUCAUCAUUUUAGUCCAUGUUUUAGGUAGUCAAUAAUUACUGUAUUAGGUAGAAAAAGGAAGGAAGGAAUUGAGAUGGAAAUUAAGAGAAAGAGAAAGCAUGGUUUCUCCUCUCCGGUUGGAUGAAUGCCUACACUCUUCUAUGUUAAUAGCUUUAUGUUCUAUGUUAUAUGUUAUGUUGUAUUGUUUCUGUUAUAAAUAGCAGAAUUUAUA